AUGGAUGAUUCAAGUUUGGAAAUUGGUAACGACUUGUACAAGCCACAGAAGCGUAUCCUUACAUUCCUAUUCCGCAACAAGUUUUACCCCAUACCUAAGGAUGAUUCUGAACGUAAAAUCUACCCAGAACAAUCAAGCAACAUCCUAUACCGUGUAUUCUUUUGGUGGGUCUCGCCACUAAUGACAAUUGGCUACACUAGAACUUUACAACCAGAUGAUUUAUGGAUCUUGACUGAAGACAUGAAGGUGGAACAUUUCUACAACUACUUUGUCACUUAUUUACAAGUCGAAACUGAACGGGCCCAUCUUGCUCAUAUUGCCAAUAAAUGCAAAGAACGGAAUGAAUCUGUUGAAGAUCUGUCCAAGUCUCGUGAAGAAGAUUUGCAGGAUUUUGUCUUGUCUCCCAUGAACAUUGCCACAGUUUUGUUUCUCACUUUUAAACGUCAAAUUUUGGUUGGUUUGAUUCUUGCCAUUUUUUCAUUAAGUGGAAUUGCUUGUUCUCCCUUGUUGACCAAAGAAUUGAUCAAAUUUGUUGAAAAGAGGAGUUUGGGGGUUCAUACAAACAUAGGCCAAGGUAUUGGUUAUUCUCUUGGUGUUGUUUUCAUGAUGUUAUUCAGUAAUUUGUUGUUUAACCAUUUCAUGUACAUUGGUCAACUGAUGGGUGCAUUGAUCAAAGCUUUACUAACGAAAGCAGUAUUGAAUAAGGCUUUUAAAUUCAAUGCUGAAUCGCGUCACAAGUUUCCUCAAAGUAAGUUGACCAGUAUUAUCACUACUGAUUUGUCACGAGUUGAGAUUGCUGUCAUGUUUCAACCUUUAUUGCUAUGUUUACCUAUCCCUAUUGCCAUUGCCAUUGUCAUCUUGGUGGUCAACAUUCGAGUUUCUGCCGUGAUUGGUAUUGUCAUCUUCAUCAUCUUCCUAGGUUUCAUUUCAAUUGGUGCCAAAAAGUUGUUUGCAUACAGAGAUGCAGUUAGUAAAAUCACCGACAAGAGAGUCAAUUUUAUGAAGGAGAUUUUAAACAACUUGAAAAUGAUUAAAUUUUACCUGUGGGAACAUCCAUACCAUGAAAAUGUUUGUAGAGUUCGUGGUGAAGAAGUUGAUAUGAUUUUGAAAAUUCAAACGUUGAGAAAUGUCAUCUUCUCCUUGGCCAUGACAUUAACUGGUAUUUGUUCAAUGAUUGCAUUUGUGAUAUUGUAUGCCAUUCAAGGAUCCACUAGUUCUCCGGCAAAGAUGUUUUCUUCAGUUUCAACAUUUGAAAUUUUGGGAUUGAUGGUUUUUUUUAUUCCACAAGCAUUGUCAACAACUGCUGAUAUGAUUAAUGGGUUUAAAAGAAUUGGAGCUGUAUUGUCGGCUGAUGAAGAAGAGCCUUAUGAGGGGUAUCGCGAGUUAAAUGAUGCAAGUGACAAGAGGGCCAUUGCAUUGAAAGAUGCUAGUUUUAGUUGGGAUGUGUUUGAUGAUGAGGAAGGGGAAGAGGAUGAGGCGGAUGGGGAUGGGGAUGGGGAUGAGGAGGAGGAGAUAGAAGAUAAAAAGGAUAAGAAGAAAGCCAAAAAGGAAAAGAAGAGAAAAGAGAAAGGAAAGGAUACCAAGAGCUCCUUUCCGUCCACCUCACUGAAUGACAUCGAGCUAAGCACAAUUCCUAAAACAUCUCCCAAUAGUAAAGCAAACAACAAAGGCGAACAAGAAGAAGCUACAUCUUUCCCCGGAUUAAAGAAUAUUGACUUGACAAUCCACAAAGGAGAAUUUAUUGUUAUUACCGGCUUGGUUGGUUCGGGGAAAUCAUCAUUACUCAGUGCCAUUGCCGGGUUCAUGUCGUGUGAUUCAGGUGAAGUCGACAUCAACGGCCCUUUGUUACUUUGUGGUGCUCCUUGGAUUCAAAAUAACACAAUUCGAGAAAAUAUUGUGUUUGGUAAACCAUUUGACCAAGAGUAUUAUGACAAGGUCAUAUAUGCUUGUGCUUUGAAUAUUGAUUUGGAUUCCUUGGAAGGUGGCGAUUAUACUGAAGUUGGAGAAAAGGGAAUCACUUUAUCUGGAGGUCAAAAGGCAAGAAUCAAUUUAGCACGUGCUGUUUAUGCCAACAAGGAGAUUAUUUUGAUGGAUGAUGUUUUGAGUGCAGUGGAUGCAAGAGUUGGGAAACAUAUCUUGAACAAUUGCUUUUUGGGUCUUUUGGGUUCCAAAACUAGAGUGUUGGCCACCCAUCAAUUGUCCUUGAUUGGACUGGCUGAUCGGAUUGUGUUUUUGAAUGGAGAUGGGUCAAUUGAUGUGGGCAAGAUGGAUGAAUUGAUUGCAAGAAAUAACGAUUUUAAUCAAUUGAUGAAGUUUAGCAAGCUUGAAGAUAUCGAGGAGGAGAACUUGGAUGUUGAAGUGGAAGAAAUUGUGGAUGAGAUUGAUUUGGGAAACAAGGAGCUGAAAGAUUCCGGUGAAAUUGUACUGGUAUUUCUGCAAAAUCAAUCUGGCAUUGAUACUUCUCAAGAAUUGACGAGAAGAAGGACACGGAUUUUUUCCAAGUCUGAUAGUGACAACAAUGACUCAAUGGAGGACAAUGAUGUUGAAUACAAGGAUUACAAUCACAACAAGGAUGCAACAAAAGGUAAAAUCAUCACCGAGGAAGAACGUGCUGUAAACAGUAUCAAGUUUGAUGUUUAUCACAAAUACUUGAAAUAUGGGGCUGGUAAAUUAACUCCUUGGGGGUUUUUUACCAUUUUUGCCGUGCUUUUAACACUUGCUACAUUUUGUGAUAUCUUCACAAAUACCUGGUUAUCGUUUUGGAUCGAACAGAAAUUUGAUGGUAAAUCAAAUGGAUUCUAUAUUGGAUUUUAUGUCAUGUUUAACGUCUUGUGGGUCAUCUUCCUUACUUAUACAUUUGUGUUUUUCAUUCAUGGAACUACGGUAUCUUCCAAACACUUGAAUUUGAUGGCCAUAAAGAGAAUCUUGCAUGCGCCAAUGAGUUUUAUGGAUACUACACCAAUGGGGAGAAUCUUGAAUCGUUUCACCAAAGAUACUGAUGCGUUGGAUAAUGAAAUUAGUGACAAUUUGCGUCUAUUCUUCACUGCCAUUGCCAAGAUGAUUGGUGUUUUCAUCUUGAUCAUUAUCUAUUUACCAUGGUUUGCUUGUGCUAUCCCCGGUAUCUUUGUGUUGUUUUUCUUGAUUGCCAACUUCUACCAAGCAUCGAAUCGAGAAGUUAAGAGAUUGGAGGCUAUAUUGCGAUCUUUUGUGUACAACAAUGUUAAUGAAGUGUUGAGUGGUAUGAAUACCAUCAAGGCGUACAAGGAUGAGUCAAGGUUUGCUGAUUUAGGAGAUUUGCUAUUGAAUAAAGCCAAUGAGGCUUCAUUUGUCGUUAAUGCUAAUCAGAAAUGGUUGGGUAUCCAAUUGGAUCUUCUUGCCGAGCUUAUUGUGUUGAUUGUGUCAUUGCUUUGUGUCAAUCGAGUGUUUUCAAUUAAUGCGGCAGCAGUUGGGUUAUUGAUGACUUAUACAUUGCAAGUUGCCAAUGAAUUGUUGAAUUUAGUGAGAACUUUUACUCUUGUUGAGAAUGAUAUGAAUUCAGCUGAGCGGAUAAUCCAUUAUGCCUUGAAAGUUGAACAAGAAGCGCCAUACAAGAUUGACUCGAGUCAGCCACCUCCAGAUUGGCCCCAAUAUGGAGCUGUUGAUUUCAAAAAUGUCAAUAUGAAGUAUCGGCCAGGAUUACCAUUGGUGUUGAAGGAUUUUUCACUCAAGAUUGCCCCCAUGGAAAAGAUUGGUAUUUGUGGUCGAACAGGAGCUGGGAAAUCGUCAAUCAUGACUGCGUUGUACCGGAUUUCUGAAUUGGAUAGUGGGUCAAUACGUAUUGAUGAUGUUGAUAUUGCUACUAUUGGGUUAAAGGAUUUACGUUCGCAUUUAUCGAUUAUUCCCCAAGAUCCAGUUUUGUUUAAUGGAACCAUUCGAUCUAAUUUGGACCCUUUUGGUGAACAGCCCGAUGAUGUGUUGUGGGAAUCGUUGCGCCGGUCUGGUAUUUUAACAACUGAAGAAGUUGCCAAGGCAAGGGCCAUCUCAAAGGAUAGUAUCACUGCUGCAUCUGGAGGCAAAGAGGGAUCAGAAGUUGAGCUGCAAGAAGUAGAGUUGCCCAAGUUUCAUUUAUACCAACCAGUUGAAGACGAAGGUGAGAAUUUCUCACUUGGUGAACGACAAUUGAUUUCAUUUGCACGAGCAUUGGUUCGAAAUGCCAAAAUCAUUAUUCUUGACGAAGCCACAUCCUCGGUGGACUACGGGACUGAUGACAAGAUCCAAACUACAAUUGCACAAGAGUUCAAGUCGUGUACGAUAUUGUGUAUUGCCCAUCGGUUGAAGACGAUUAUUAACUAUGACAAGAUUUUGGUGAUGGAUAAAGGAUCAGUUCGAGAAUUUGAUACGCCUUGGAAUUUGUUCAAUUCCAAUGGGUCUGUGUUUAGAGAAAUGUGCGAAAAGUCAAACAUUGUUGCCGAGGAUUUCAAAAGGAGGUGA